UAACCUUUGCGUGCCUCACGAAAACUGAUAAUAUCAACACACAACAAGAGCCUGACAUUGAAAACAUGGCAUCAAAAUUGCCAGAAAAGGCACUUAACCUUAUACGGAGAGCACCACGAGUUAAUUUAAGUGCCCUUAAGCCUCUACCAGCUGCAUAUCUAAUAAAGGUGAAGCAGCGCAGAUCUCGUGCAAAAGGGACACAGAGUGGGCGCGGUAACAAAGGUCAGGGUCAACGAAUUACACUGCCACGUCUUGGGUUUGAAGGAAACAACACACCUUUCUAUCUUCAGAUACCCAAAGAGCCUUAUUACAAAGGCCAUCAUUUACGACGCGAGUAUCCUCCCCUGACCCUUCACACGUUGCAGCGCAUGAUUGAUCUUGGUAGAGUUGAUACUUCACAACCCAUCGAUCUGAACGCCAUAUGUAACUCAGCUAUUUAUAAGUUGAAUCCCAAAGACAAGGAGUAUGGGAUCAAUUUGACGGAUGAGGGUGCUGAUAUUUUCACAGCGCGUGUCAACAUUGAAGUACAGUGGGCGGAAGAAUCAACCAUAGCAGCGAUCGAGCGUAACGGAGGUAUGAUCACCACACGCUUCUUUGACUUUCCGAGUUUGCAAGCAAUAGUGGACCCUGAGUGGUUCUUCAAGAAAGGUGUCCCAAUACCACGAUGCUCCUUGCCACCUAAAGACGCCCUGGAGUAUUAUACAAACCCAGAAAAGCGAGGGUACCUUGCGGAUCCCGAGAAAGUCCGACAUGCGCGGUUUGAAUUGGCACAAAAAUACGGCUAUGAGCCACCAGAUUAUGAAAAUGGACCAAAUGCGGAACUGUUUAAGAAACAGAAGGACCCGAGACAGAUUUUCUUUGGAUUGAAUCCAGGCUGGGUGAUUUGCUUGAAGGACAAAGUAAUCAUAAAGCCCAAAGAUGAUGAUUAUUUGCAAUAUUAUCAUGCUUGAAUUGUUGCCAGAGAAUGCUGCUUGUUGAUAUUAAUGACCUUUAAAACUAAACAUAGUAUGAUUUUUUAAUUGUUAAAAAUAUCGUGUAUGCAAAAAGUCUGGAUAAUACGUUUGUCUGUUUUUUUGUGUUUAGAGUACAGUCUUCAUUAAAACAUUGUAAAGUCAGUGGACUGUCACCUUACCUGCUCCACAGACCCGAGUGGAUAACAAUAGACUGUGCUGUCUAUCCUUUCCCCAUCAGAAGCAAAGUGAAAAUGGCUUUUGCAAUCAGAAUAAAACCAGAACAACCUGCGAGCAACUCACAGUCUGUGCAGGUUUUAUGCUGUUUGCUGCUCAUCAGUAUCUGGAAAUAUCUUGGAAAUAAAGACUUCAAACUUGAA